AGAGCGGCCCAUCUUGAAGCUACAUGACAAAAGAAUUGCUCCCUUUUAUUUUUUUGACAUCCCCAACCUUCUCUCGUCCCCUGUGAUAACUGGAGGACUUUUUCCUACUUUUCAUUUGAAUUCAACCCCAUCCCUUUCCACUCCCCUCAGCCUUCCUGUCUAAUCCUUGACAUUAUCACACCCUCACCCCUCCGGACAAAUCGAUGAGAAAGAACAGAGAGCAGUGGAUAAAUAUGGCUGUGUGUGUCUGGUAGAGAGAGAAACCAAAACCAGAGCAGUCGCGGGAAAUAGGAAACCACGGGAAGCGGAGGCAUAUGCAAAGCUCAAGUCUUGUUUUAUUUGGAGUGAGAAGAGAGAUGUAGACUACCUUGCGCUCCUCAUCAUGAAGCAGAAGCAGCAGCAGCAGCAGCAGCAGUCGCAGGCCUUCUUUUGAUAUAUUAAUGCCUCAUAAGAAGUUGGACAGGGAGACCGGCAAGGAAAGCUUCGCCCCCUCUUCCUCCUCCGGUUUCGAGCCUCUUCGUCCUCCGCCUCUCCUCCCUCUUUUUCCCUCGUUUGCCCCUCCCACCCUCGAUAUCCCGGACACCAACUCUAACCCUAAUCUUGAUUCCCCUUAUGGCCUCUCCGUCCUCCACAAGCGCUCCAUCAUGACCCCCUCUGCAGCCGCCUCAUCCGCCACCGCUGCCGUCACCUUCCCCUGCGUGGCUCCCCGGCGCCUCGUCUCCUCGGCCGCCCGCCGCAUUCUCCGUCAUCUCGACCUCCGCCUCCGCAUCUUCCUCCUCCUCUCCUUUUCCUCCCUCUACCUCCUCCUCUCCUCCUCCGGCGCUGACGGUAGCGACGGCGCCCCUGGCCGCUCCUUCCUCGUCGACUUCUUCUCCGCGAUCGCCUUCUCGUCCCUAUUCCUGGUCCUCUGCGUCUCCCUCAACGCGCUCCCCUUCCGCUCCUUUCGCCUCCUCCUCUCCCGCUCCUCCGCCCUCCUCUUGCCACGCCACCACCUCGAAGGCCGCCAGGCCCCCGCGAGCCCCAUUCUCUGGUCCAUAGGCAGCUCCUCCUCCGACAAGCCCAAGACCGACCACCGCCCAGUCUCGGGGUUCAACGCUCAGCUUUACAGCAACGGGGAUGUCUACGAGGGCGAGUUCCACCAGGGGAAGUGCUCAGGGAGCGGGGUGUACUGCUACUACAUGAGCGGCAGGUACGAGGGAGAUUGGGUCGACGGAAAGUAUGAUGGCUAUGGAGUGGAGACCUGGGCCCGGGGGAGCAGGUACAGGGGUCACUACAGGCAGGGACUCCGGCAUGGGUUCGGCGUGUACCGGUUCUACACAGGUGAUAUGUAUGCCGGAGAGUGGUCCAACGGGCAGAGUCAUGGAUGCGGGUUGCACACAUGCGAGGAUGGGAGCCGAUAUGCUGGAGAAUUCAAGUCGGGUGUGAAGCAUGGGCUUGGCCACUACCAUUUCAGGAAUGGAGAUACAUAUGCUGGUGAGUACUUUGCUGACAAGAUGCAUGGAUUUGGGGUGUACCGUUUCGCAAAUGGACAUCAAUAUGAAGGUGCAUGGCACGAGGGCAGGCGACAAGGCUUGGGAAUGUACACAUUCCGGAAUGGGGAGACACAAUCAGGUCACUGGCAAAAUGGUAUCCUUGAAACUUUGAGCACUCAGAGCAUUAAUCUUGGGUCAUCAAUUGCUGUUAACCAUUCAAAAGUACUGAAUGCAGUUCAGGAAGCUCGAAGAGCAUCAGAAAAAGCUUACGAUGUGCCUAGGGUUGAUGACAGGGUGAACAAGGCUGUUGCCUCAGCCAACAAAGCAGCCAAUGCAGCUAGAGUUGCUGCAGUAAAGGCUGUCCAAAUGCGAAUCCCUAAUAAUGGAAACCACACCGUAUGAAACAUUUUUCACUUUCUUUGUAUAGGACAUCUAUAACUCUCAAGAGUUCAAAGCUUCUCUGCAUAAAGCAAGUCAUGCAUGUCCAGAAGAGAGCAUCAAAAGAAACCUCUCCGUGACCUGCUAUGUUUGAGCUACCUCCAGUUGUCGAAGACAGCCGACAGAGAAGAAGCAUGCACAGAGAUGUAUGCCUUCAUGUGCAGGCUAGACGUCAUGCACACUCGGCGAUUCUACGUGAAUGGGCAUUCAGUCGAGCGCUUUGCUGGCAUGUAAAAAUGCUUAUGGUCUGCCGCUCCGUCCUUGAGCUUCCUUGGUUACCGUUCUCCUCGGCCUCGCUGUUGGGCCUUCGGGCCAUUAUUAAUCCUACCUAAACAUCGAGUAUCUUCUUGUGGUGGC